AACUCCAGGAACCUGCCACAGAUAAGUUAGAAGAAGCUGCUGUUCUUCCGGCAGUGGCACUGCCAAGCAAUCCUGUUGAAAUAGAGAUUGAAACCCCAGAGCAGGUGAAGAAAAGAGAGAGGAGAGAAAAAAGGAAAGCUGAGUUUGAGAUGUAUCUUCGGAGAAUGAUGAAGCGUUUCAGCAAGGAGGUUCGUGAGGACACACAUAAGGUUCACCUCUUGUGUUUAUUAGCAAAUGGUUUCUAUAGAAACAGGAUCUGCAGCCAGCCAGAUCUCCAUGCCAUUGGUCUGUCCAUCAUCCCCACCCACUUCACAAAAGUGCCUGCAGGCCAAGUGGACCUUCUCUACCUUUCCAACUUGGUGAAAUGGUUUGUUGGAACCUUCACUCUCAAUGGUGAGCUUUCCACUGAAAAAGGUGAGACCCUUCAGUCGACCUUGGAGAGGCGCUUUGGCAUCUAUGCUGCACGGGAUGAUGAAGAGUUGGUUCAUGUAUUUUUAAUCAUUCUGCGAGCAUUACAGCUGCUGUGUCGCCUUGUGCUGUCUUUUCAGCCUAUUCCUCUCAAGGAGACAAGAGCAAAGGGAAAAGGCUCAUCCAAGAGGCAGUCUCUCAGUGGUACUUCUGAGGGGCGGGAAAGCUCUGCCACAACACCCAAAGCUGCGGCAAAAAAAUGCCCCUGCAAAAAAGCCAAGCAGGAUGAGAAAUCCUCAGAGAGCAAAGACGACAAUGAGGAGCCAAAGAAACCCAAAACUGCUCAGACCAAAAGGACACUCAAGUCAAACUUGACUACAGGCAGUCAGGAACAGAAAGAAUCUAGUAAUGAGGAGAGCAGUUUAGCGGAAAAAGAUGUGCCAGUCAGGCCCAAGAAUGAUCGCCGGAGACGAGUGGCUUCCAAAGUGUGUUACAAAGAAGAGAGUGGAAGUGAGGAGGGCAGUGUUUCAGACUUUGAGGUUUCAGAGGAGGAGAGUGAUCUCUCUGAUGAAGAUUUUGAAACUGUCACUAAAAGGCGGAAGAGCUCCCUGGGCUCCCAGAAGGCAAAGGUAACGGCUAUAAAAAGCCCAAAAAAAGAGACUUCAGAAUCGAAGCUCUCCAAAAACUCACGUGGAGCUGAGCCUAAGCCAGCAAAAAGUACAGCUCCAGCCUUGCCUCAUGCACAGAGAAAGAGAAACAAAAUAAUUUCUAGUGAUGAGGAUGAUGGACAGCAGGAGGUAAGGAAGGUGAUGGGCACAGACCAAUGGCUGGAGGUUUUCCUUGAACGCGAGGACAAGUGGGUGUGUGUAGACUGUGUUCACGGCAACGUUGGCCAGCCCCAGCUGUGCUUCACGUACGCCACAAAGCCGCUUUCCUACAUUGUGGGGUUUGACAAUGAUGGGAGUGUCAGGGAUGUGACGCAAAGGUAUGACCCGGUGUGGAUGACCGCAACAAGGAAGAGCCGUGUGGAUUCUGAGUGGUGGGAAGACACGCUGCAGCCAUAUAAAAGUCCCUGUGUGGAAAGAGACAAAAAGGAGGAGAAUGAGUUUCAAGUUAAGCUUCAAGAUCAACCUCUACCAACAGCAAUUGGAGAGUACAAAAACCACCCUCUUUAUGCACUGAAGAGGCACCUCUUGAAAUACCAGGCAAUCUAUCCUGAGUCAGCUGCUGUCCUAGGGUACUGCAGGGGAGAGGCUGUCUACUCCAGAGACUGUGUACACACGCUGCACUCCAAGGACACUUGGCUGAAGCAAGCUCGAGUGGUGAGGAUUGGAGAAGUGCCUUACAAGAUGGUGAAAGGAUUUUCCAACCAGGCGAGGAAGGCACGCCUUGCAGAGCCUGCAAACCGGGACAGAGAGGACCUGGCACUGUUCGGUCGCUGGCAGACAGAGGAGUAUCAGCCACCUAUAGCGGUGGAUGGAAAGGUUCCUCGGAAUGAAUAUGGAAACGUCUAUCUCUUCCUGCCAUCCAUGUUACCCGUUGGCUGUGUGCAGCUGAGACUCCCAAAUCUAAACAGAUUGGCGCGGAAGUUGGACAUUGACUGUGCUCAGGCCAUCACUGGAUUUGACUUUCAUGGCGGCUACUCGCACCCAGUUACUGAUGGCUACGUUGUCUGCGAGGAGUACAAAGAGGUCCUCAUUGCUGCCUGGGAGAAUGAACAAACAGAAAUAGAAAAGAAGGAGAAGGAGAAGCGUGAGAAGAGAGCUCUGGGGAAUUGGAAGCUGCUGACAAAAGGACUUCUCAUCAGAGAGAGACUGAAGCAACGCUACUCCGUCAAGACUGAGCCAUCAGCACCUGAGGCAGAGAAAGGAGCGGGAUUCUCUGCUGAUGAAGAAGGAGGUCCGAGUUCAGAGACUGCAGUAGGGAGCACGGCUAUUUCCUGGCCCCAGAAUCGCCAGUUAGAGAAAAUAAAAGAAGAAAAGACAACCAGAAAGAGCAAGCGAGAAAGGAAAGGAGAAGCAGCGCAGUUGUUCCCUUUUGAGAGACUGUGA